AUGGGGUUUUUCAACGAUAUGGAAACAUAUGCAGUUAAACUUUGGAACGGAGUAGUACUUUCACUAUUUUACGUAGUUGCCUCAUACAAAAAGUCGUUGAAACCGUUAUGCGUCGGCAUUUCCACUGUGUUUCUUGCCGUCUGCUUUUUAUGUGUAUUGCAGUCUGCAGUUUCGCAAGUACCCAGUGUUUUUAUGCGACUUUCCGAAACCCAAAUAGGUGAAGGUGACAUAUUGUUAGUCAGUAGAAACUCUCCUUUUGUGAACUAUACCAACUUAACAACACUGUUAGACACGUGCAACCACUGCUCUGCUAAUUUUCCAAGGUGGUUAUUUGUUGGUGAUAUCACUGGUCCAGCACGUACAGCGACUUGUAUUAUGAACAUCUAUAAUAGCACCUUAGAAAAAGAAAUCGACAUUGGUCGUGGUUGGGAGUAUGAUCCACUUGCUCCCAAAUCAGUUGUAUUAUCUAAAGAUGCUGCUGCUAUUAUUGGUGCUAAAGAAGGUCAAAACAUCAAUUUGACGUUGGAUUUUGUGAAGAUAUUUAACGGGGUUGGUGCUAACAUCUCACAAAUUACCGACAUCUUCACUUUCGAGAGAAAUGUGACGACAGAAGUCCCUCUCCCGUUGUCUGUAGUUGAUCCAACUAACUCGAAGAAUGGGAAGGUUAUAAUAUUAACGAUAUACAACAUGGAGAAAACGAUCAAUGAAACAACCCCUGUAGAUCAAAGAAGCUUCUCAUCAAUAUACAUUGAAGGGAUUGACAUGUACAUCACAGAAGCGUACAACACAUAUGUUCUUGAUAUACUUAAAAAAGAUCCAUAUGAUCAAUUUAUUAUCAAAAAUGACUCUUUAAUCACUCAGGUCGAGUUUUACAUUAAAGUUGAUGGAAACACUUUAAUGAGCAAAAUGAAUAUCACCGAACAAAUGUAUGUCAAAGGAGUCACUCCAAAGCCUUAUGGAAAGUACUCCCAAGUGCUUGGGAAUGUCAUUUCGAUUGACAAAGGUGGAGUGGAGAUUAUAAUGGAAGAUAUGAUGAAAACUAUAGUGGACGAUGAAAUUAAACAGAGAGUCAGUCCAAUUAGUCAGUUUGUGAAUACCACACUCAUUACAGAGUACAUUAACAAACAACUUGACCAGAACUUCAAAAUCGACAUUGGAGGGUUUGCGACACAACUCUACGUGCAAAUGAAAGACCGGACAAAGGCGUAUUUUGAUGGAGAUAAAUUGAUGCAAAGCAUUGUUAUCGACACAACAAAUGAGAUUGCAAGUAUCAUUGGAGUCGACCAGCCAUACACAAUCACAGCUCCACUUUCUCAAGUGGUGUCCGUCUUCAACUAUUUGAUGUAUUUGCUCCAACAAAUAUUCAAUUUCAUUCUCGUUGUAUUUGCGUUCAUGAGUGGUCUUUUGAUAUACAGUUUGCUGAUUUCUGACGUUGAAGAGAAGACGUAUGAAUUUGGUAUGUUGCGAGCGUUAGGGUUACUCAAAGCGCUUUUGAUUGAAAUAUUAGUGACGGAGAGUGCCUUGUUUUCUUCGAUAGGAAUAGUCACAGGGUUAGUCUUAGGCUAUUUGUUUUCGCUCAUAGUGAAUUACUUGAUAUCGUAUUUAUCUGCAGUGCCAAUGACAUUUAUCCCAGUCUGGCAAUCGAUAGUGUUACCAUUUUUAUUAGGACUCAUUCUUCCCGUAGUUUCUAAUAUAGUUCCCAUCCGGAGGGUAUUAUCAAAAACGCUCAGAAAUUCCCUUGAUUUGUAUCAUUCUGCUGCGAAUGAAGUGAAUGUGACAAUCAAACGGAUAGAAGAUAUUGGGAUGAGUCCAUUACUGAUAAUGAUUUCAAUCAUAAUGAUCAUAGCGAGUUUCAUCACAUACUAUUUGGUCCCACUAUCAUUCUUAAACACAAAUUUCACAUUACUCUUCACUUGCUUCUUAAUUGUGUUACUCGCAUUCUUGGCAGGGUUGUGUUUGCUCUCGCAAAUAUUCCAGCCUUGGAUGCAAACAAUUAUUCGGUACAUCAUCAUCACACCAUUCCAAUCAGCUCUGUUGAGUAUUGUCGGCAAAAACUUGGACUCGCACUCUGCACGUAACACUAAGACUACGUUGAUACUGACAAUCACUAUCAGUUUCGUGCUAUUUGCAGGUGCGGCUUUUUCUUUGUCGCAGACAACUUUGACUAAUGUCAUCAGACAACAACUCGGCGCGGACGUCCAAGUCAAAAACACGGUUGGAACACUCGACAAAGACCUUUUAGAGAGUUACCUCAGCUCGUCGAGUCAUGUUGAAAGUUACUCAUUCAUGACAUCUGAUUUUGCAACAACGGCAAAUAAAAAGGCAAAGACUUAUUUAUCCAACUUGGCGAUGUACCCCAACGAGAAACUCAGUUUCAUUGCAGUUGACGCCAACUUCUCAAAGACAGUCUUCACCGAUUUGUUGGUCCCCGUACAGACAGAUAACACAAUUCAAUAUGAAAAGGCGGAUAAGUACGACGAUGUGAUAAAGUCACUGUAUGACUCGCCACGAGCACGUCCUUCUGAUGUUCCAACACAAAACCCUAUUAAUACUGAUACGGAGUAUUACACUAAAUAUGGAACCGAUUACUAUUAUAAAAACUAUUCAGACGUUAUUGUGGCUGAAGGUAUCUUACACGAAGAUAGUAUGAGUGUUGGUGACAACGUCCGCAUUCAAGUGUUGCCCUACACUGACAGCAACAAAAAUUACUUUUUAGGGAAGAUCAGAGCGAGUUUGAAGUCGAUGCCAGGGGCAAUGUUCUCAUCGUUUUACUCCGUUGGCAUGUUCUCACCAGUGAUUAUAACAACUGAUCAGUUACAAGAGCUUUUGGACGUCGAGAGAUACUUAACUGGGACUGCUAAUAAAGUCACGUACUCGACAUGUUUUGUGAAAGUGAAGAAAGGGGUGUCGGACGUUGUAGUGCAAGAGAUUCGAACAUUAUUUGGAGGUAUAACCAUAUCGGUGCAAGACACGGAAAGUACUUUAUACACGAUUACAUCGUCAAUGAAGAUAUUAGAAAUCUUCUUUGUCGUUGUAUCACUUAUUGCAAUGGCACUUUGUUUCUUUGUUAUGUUACUUUCAUUCACCGCUAAUGUUCGAGAGAACUCGUGGGAGUUUGCUGUAUUACGAGCAGUUGGAUUGACGAAGUGGAAGGUCAUAACUAUAUACAUCUAUGAGGCGUUUUGUAUCACCUUAAGCUCAGUCAUUUUUGGGACUCUGAUUGGGAUUGGUGUUGCGUGUCUUGUCAACUUGCAGUUUAUCUUAUUCUUACAACUUCCAUUCGUAUUUGCGUUCCCAUGGAUCAAUGCCGUUGUUGUCUAUGUUUUAGCCUUUGUGGUUUCAUUUGCAGCGAGUUUUAUACCAAGUUAUGCAUUGACUCGAAAGCCAAUUUCAAAUGUACUCAAAGGACAAAUAUAA